AUGACAUUAGUUUUGAAAUUCCGAGAAGAUAAAUACGAUUGUAAAUAUCAAUAUGAUUUGACCAGCCCAGCAGAUUUUGAAACAGCCAUCACAGCAACUGGAUUCGGUUGGUUCAAUAUUUUAUUGUUGCUAGUCGGUUGUCCAGCAGCCAUAGCAUCGGUAUUUGAGACAGCCGUCGUGUCAUAUGUUCUACCCAGUGCCGAAUGUGAUUUGGGUUUAAAUCUGCUAAAUAAAGGCAUUCUAAAUGCCAUGACAUAUUCAGGUAUGAUAAUAUCAGCCAUUGCAUGGGGCUACAUAGCUGAUACAAGAGGACGAAAGGCUAUUUUGGUUUGGGGUUUACUGGCCGAUGUAGUGUGUGUUCUAUCCUGUGCCAUGAGUCAGAGUAUUAUACAAUUGAUGGUUGCCAAAUUCAUUGGAGGUUUAGUAAUGGGUGGACCAUUUGCAGUUUUAAUGACCUAUCUCCAGGAAUUCCACAACAAUAAAUAUCGUGGCAGGGUAAUGAUGUGCAUUGGAAUUAUGUUUGCCAUGGCAUCGCUAUCCAUGCCAGUGUUGGGUUUAAUGAUCCUGCCACAAAAAUGGGAGUUCAGUAUAUGGAACAUGCAAUUCCAUUCAUGGCAAGUAUAUUUGGCCGUUUGUGCCAUACCUAGUUUGGUAAGCGGUGUUUCGUUAAGUUUCUUUCCCGAGAGCCCACGAUUUUUAAUGUCUCAAGGACGUACUGCCGAGGCGUUGCAAGCAUUUCGUACUAUAUAUGCGAUGAAUAAACGUAAACCAAAGGAUACAUAUCCGAUAACAAAAUUACUUGAUGAAGUAUCGCCCGAAGGAGAAAAUGAUGUCAACUUUGAAGAAAUUAGCAUUUCUACAAUUGAUACAACAUCGGUCAAAGAUCAAGUCAAGGAUAUUGUUGAUGAUUUCAAAACCAAAGAUCCAAGUCCAUUUUUGGCAUUGUUCCGAAAACCAUUCCUUUUGCUAUCUAUCAAUGUUUACAUGCUGAAUUUUUGUAUUCUAUUGGGACAAAAUACUAUGCGUUUAUGGCUACCACAAUUGUUUGCCUCCCUACGGGAAUUCCAAGAAAUCUCAGUGGAUAGAGUCGAACAUAGUAUGUGUUCCAUACUGGAGUAUAGUGUGAAUAAAACCGGAUUAGUUAAGGAGACCGAUUCAAGUUGUUCAGUGAUAAUUUCAUCGUCAUCAUAUACCAACAAUAUAAUUGUGGCUGGAGCAUGUUUUGCGGUAUUUCUAGUGGCCGGUACUCUCAUCAAUAAACUUGGUCACAAGAGGAUACAAAUUGGAGCUUUGCUAAUUGCUGGCACCUGUGGAUUUGCCUUGUACUGGUCUAGUACAACGGCUUCAACAUUGGUCAUCACAGCCUUGUAUGCAUGCAUGGGUAGUUUAUCGGCCACAUCGGCUGUGGGCACCUCAGCCUUGCUUUUUCCAACAUCGUUAAGAACAAUGGUCGUUUGUGUGGCUCUUAUGUUCGGGCGUAUUGGUUCCAUAUUUGGUAAUAUUCUAUUCCCGGUCUUUAUGUCAUUUGGCUGUGUACCACCGUUCUUAAUGGUCGGUGGUAUUAUGUUUGUGGCUUGUAUUCUAUCGGCAAUGCUUCCCAACACUAAAAAGGCUGAUCUCAAAUAA